AUGGUUCCAGCUCGAGCUUGCUCCGUAAGGCUCAGGCUCAAGCGUGGGCUGGCUCAGAUCUUCUCGAAUCUUUGUUCUUGUCUCUAUCCUUGUCUUGUCUUGUCUUUCUUUGUCUCCUGUUACGCCCUCGCCCGCUCGUCCUUGGCCGCUAUACCCCGCCGUGGCAUGCGUCAAUGGUUAACUGCGACUGCAACUGGAACCAAACUCGGGUUUGGUUUGUACAUCAACAUGGGUAAAUUCCGCUCGCGGCUGUAUAAGACCGACCGCGCUCGGGAUUUCGAGCAUGAGCAGGACCGCCACGUCCGCACCCGCCAAAUCUACGAGACCAUCGACCGCCAGUCCUUCCAAUGGGUCGUUGUGCUCGUCGCCGGCGUCGGCUUCUUCCUGGACGGAUACACCCUCUUCGCCUCCAACAUCGCCCUCCCCAUGAUCUCCUACGUCUACUGGCACGACGACACGUCCUCCUUCCGCCUAACCUGCAUCAACAUCGCCACGCUGGCCGGCACGCUCCUCGGCCAAGUCCUCUUCGGGUACCUCGCCGACCGCAACGGGCGGAAGAAGAUGUACGGCGUUGAGCUGGCGCUGCUGAUUGCGUCGACGCUGGGCGUGGCGAUGUCCUCUGACGGCGCGCACGGCAGCAUGAGUGUCUUUGCGUGGUUGGUUUGGUGGCGCGUGAUUGUGGGCAUUGGGGUCGGCGCGGAUUAUCCGCUCAGUGCGGUGAUUACGUCUGAGUUCGCGCCAACGCGCCACCGCGCACGCAUGAUCGCGUCUGUCUUCUUCAUGCAGCCGCUUGGUCAGAUUGCCGGGAAUCUGGUUAGUCUUAUUGUUGUCGUUGUGAGUAAGAGGCAGGGGUUCGAGGAUACAACGCGGACCGUCGAUAUAAUGUGGCGGUGGGUUGUGGGGAUAGGCGUUGUGCCCGGCGUGAUCGCGACGUUCUUUCGAUUUUUGAUUCCUGAGAGUCCGCGGUUUCUACUGGAGAUUGAAGACGAUCCCGUGCAGGCCGAGUUUGAUGCGACGAAUCUGUUCAGCGAUCCUGCGCCUGGUUCGAUGGGCUCGCCGGAGGUCGAGAUGGGGUAUGUCCAUCCUACGCCAGGCUCAGGCGCAUCCGCAUUCAAUAUGACCUCCCCGACCGCGAAUAUGACCAACCCGUUCAACGAUAUCAAUCUCAUUGCCCCCUGGAACGAGAUCGUUCUCCCCGCGCCCGCUAUCCCCGCAGCAGCAGGACCAGGCACAACCGCACCAGAAAGCGGCACACUCACCAUCCGCUCCAUGUCCGUCGACGACUACGCACACUCCUACACCUACACAGAGCGCACCCCAUCCCAAUACCCCGGCGACGCCUCCUCCUUCCUCCAACCCGCAACCCUAAACAGCCACUGGCGCCUCACAAAAGCCGACAUAACGCAGUACUUCUGGGCCGAGGGCAACUGGCGCACGCUGCUAGCCACAUCGCUCUCCUGGCUCCUGCUCGAUUUCGGCUUCUACGGCAUCGGGCUAUCUUCUCCACAAUUCCUCGCGAAGACCUGGGACAGCCUGAAUAUCUCCGGCCCGUCCCCGCCCUGGAUGACAGACGACACCGGAGCAACCGACAUCUACACCAUGUUCCGCGACACCAGCACGCACUGCCUGAUCAUCCUGAACAUCGGCUCCUUCGUCGGCGGCGUGCUCAUGCUCGCGACAAUCCACAAGCUCGACCGCGUCGCGCUGCAGAAGUACGGCUUCCUCGCGCUGGCCGCGCACUUCAUCGCCCUUGGCUCCAUGUUCAUCACCGUGCACAAGGAAGGCCCCGUCGCCGUGACGCUGUACGUGCUCGGGCAAAUCCUGUUUAAUUUCGGCCCCAAUACAACGACGUAUAUGAUCCCCGCUGAGAUUUUCCCGACGCGGUAUCGCGCCACGUGUCAUGGGAUUUCGGCGGGGGCGGGGAAGUUAGGGAGUAUCCUUGUGCAGCUGCUGUCUGCGUAUUAUAAGUUUGGCUCGGGGCCUGGGGAGGAGCAGACGGUGCGGCAUGGGUACAUGCUUAUUGUGUUCAGUGCGUGUAUGGUUAUUGGGGCGGGGGUCACGCAUUUCUGGAUUCCGCCGACGCAGAGACGGGAUGGGGAGGGGAGGCUUUGGGGGGGGAGGGCCGAGACGCUGGAGACGUUGGGGUUUGGGAGGAGGGGGUGGAAGAGUCGGUUUGCCGGGGUGCGGAGGUGA